AUGGCAUAUUCUCUUAACAAUCGGUUGCAAGGAACGUUGUUUAGCGACAUUAAGAGUCCAAAGAAAAAUGAUAAAGAGCAUUGCAAGGUCAUCACUACAAGGAGUAGAAUUCAUAUUGGGGAGUCAUUCGAGGAGUCUAUGAAGAAUGGUGUGCAGGUUCCUAAGCAUGGAAGUUCUUUCGAAAAGAGGAGACUUGGUGAAUUUGAGACUGCCGCUCUUACCGAAGGCUGUAGCGUUAUGGCUACAAGUCAAUUGCCACUAAAACUUAAAGAUCCAGGGAGUUUCACUAUUCCUUGCAAUAUUGGUGAUACAUUUUCAAGUAAAUCUUUAUGUGAUUUAGGUGCUACCAUAAAUCGAAUGCUAUUGCCAAUCUUUAGUAAAUUUAGAAGCGAUGAAGCAAGGCCCACUACGAUCACUUUGCAACUUGCAGAUCGCUCUACUUUGCAUCCUAGUGGUAUCGUGAAAAAUAUGCUUGUGAGAGUAGACAAUUUAAUUUUUCCCACGAACUUCAUUAUUUUGGAUUGUGAAGCAGAUAAAGAUGUUCCAAUUAUUCUUGGCCGCCCAUUCCUUGUCAUAGGUCAAGCCUUACUUGAUGUUGAAAAUGGAGAGUUGACUAUGUGUUUAAAUGAUGAGCAUAUUACUUUUAAUGUUUUAAAUGAUGUUUCUUAUGUCAGUGGCAGUGUUGAAUGUUUUUCACUUGAUGUGAUUGAUGUUUUUUCACAAGAGCAUUGGGAAGAAUGCUACAUCAUAGAUAGUGCCACUAGCGGUUCGAUAGAAAUCGAGGAAUUCUUUGAGGAAGUGAAAGAUGAAUGUUGCAACAAUUAUAUAUAG